AUGCUAACAAAAUCGCGAAAAGUGGCAAACAACGAUGAACGUCAACGAUCUUAUUUUGGUCAAAUUGGCGAUAAAGUAUCAAAAUUGUUCGGUGGUGGCUCAGCUUCGACAUCCGAGAGAGAAAAAAGAGAAGUUAUCGUACCGGACUCCACAGUCCAUCAUUCAUCCGAACUGUCAACCACCAGUGCAUCUCGUGCCCCGACACGUAGCUAUGGUUUUUCAUCGACAAACGCUCCUCUCUUCUCCGAACAGGAAUCAUCCGAGCUGUAUCGAUACAAAAACAUCAAUCGUAAUUAUCUUCGUUCGUCGAGUCCACCGACACGUGAAGAGAGUGACAGUGAUAAUGAUGAUGAUGAGCAGGAGAAAGACAGCAAAAAGAAGCGUGUGAAUAGAAAAUGA